UUUUGUUCUUUGAGGGUUUGUAAUAAGACACAAUCCUCAUUACAAUGGUUCACACUACAGCUUAGGAAAGAGCUGUAUAAAUUGGGAUCACAGUAUACUGUACUGAUUUUUGGUAUUACACAGAGGUCUGCCCUCUGCUCUCCUGUCUUAAAGCUGAGCAACCCUGUGGCCUAUCUUGCUCCCUUGGCCCUAAAAUGACAGUAAUCUCUACAAUCAGUUGUGCCUUCUUAUUUUUCAUUCUCUGUGAAACAAGUGCAAUAGCAUUACCCAAUUCCACUGACCUAUUCCUCUCAAACAAAAAUUUCACUGACAUUGAAGCAGCUUUGGCAGCUCACUUGGACUCUGCAAAAAUCCCCAAAGUCAGGCGGAAGCGAUACAUUUCACAGAAUGACAUGAUUGCCAUCCUUGAUUAUCAUAAUCAAGUCAGAGGCAAAGUCUUUCCACCUGCUUCAAACAUGGAGUAUAUGGUUUGGGAUGAAACUCUUGCCAAGUCCGCAGAGGCUUGGGCUGCAACAUGCAUUUGGGAUCAUGGACCUUCCUACUUACUGAGAUUCUUGGGCCAAAACCUAUCUGUAAGAACUGGAAGGUAUCGAUCCAUUCUUCAGCUAGUAAAGCCAUGGUAUGAUGAAGUGAAAGACUAUGCUUUUCCAUAUCCUCAGGACUGCAACCCUAGAUGCCCUCUGAGAUGCUAUGGACCCAUGUGCACACAUUAUACACAGAUGGUUUGGGCCACUUCCAAUCGUAUAGGCUGCGCAGUCCACACAUGCCACAAUAUGAAUGUCUGGGGAUCUGUUUGGCGACAAGCUGUUUACUUGGUAUGCAACUAUGCCCCAAAGGGCAACUGGAUUGGAGAAGCGCCGUAUAAAGUAGGAGUCCCGUGUUCUGCUUGUCCUCCUAGUUAUGGAGCGGCUUGUACUGACAAUCUUUGUUUUCCAGGAAUAACAUCAAACUACUUAUAUUGGUUUAAAUAAGUUAACACAAGUUUACAUUAUUUUCAAAUAAUAUGGCUGAGUAACAAAAGCUUGUAUAUUGAAUUUUGCACAUAUAUAUAUAUAUAGUAAUAAUACUCUUGUUUUCUUUUUAUAUCCUUUUGCAUAAUUAGCUUUCAGAGUACAGUAUAGAUUCAUUUUUAACUCUUUGGAAUUUAUAACUAUAGUUCUCCAUUUCAGGCCAUGGUCAUGUAGGGAAGGAUAAUCUUAUAUCAUCUUAAGAAAGUGUAACUUUCUAAAGAAUAUGUUCUGUUUGAUAUUAAAAGAAAAUUUAAAAGGGCACUGUCAACUUAAGUCUAAAAUGUGACCCCUCCCUUUGAAAUUAUAGCUAUAGAUAGAUAAUGGUCACUGGCAACUACACCAAUUAUUUAAAAAUGAAAAAUGUACAAAUGUACAAAAAAAGUACACCUCCUACCCUUCCCCGCCAACAUUGUCUUCAUCUUGCAAAUGGCUACUCCCAUUUGCACUUAUGCUUACUCCUGCAUAGUCAAUGGGACUCUGAGCAAGAGUAAACACAUGUGCAGGAGGAACUCCAGCGUUCAGCCUUAUGUUAGCUCCCCCAUGCACAACAGUGAUUAACUUAAGAUAUUUCAAGAAUUCCAAACACAGCUGCUGCUAUCAUCAAUGAUGCCUGUGUGGAGAUAGAGAAGUAAAGAACAGGGAGCCAUGCUGGCCCUUGUACCACUAAGAAAUAUGAUGGAACUGCAAAUGUUCACCAACCUGACUAAAGCUUUGUCUAAUCUAGAAAGUUGUAUCACUUUAAGUAUACCGGAUAGUUAACAUUGUAGAACCCCAUUAGUGUGGAUGCAGUUAUAACAGUAUAAAGGCACUCUUUAUCAGUACAACUAUUCCAUAUGGGAAGGGGAAUAACUAUAUUGGCAUAAGACACCUUUAUACAAGUAUAACUGGAUCCAUACUAGGGCUUUUACAUGUAUAAAUAUGUUAGUAAAAAACAAACAAAAAACACAUCCCUCGCUGAAAUAGUGCUACAGGUAAAACUUCCAAUCAGGCCUCAGUGUUGCACAAUUUUGACUAAAGGAUAUCUCAAAUAAAAAGUACAAAGUGAAAAGGGAACUUUUAUUUAAAAAGGGGGGAAGAGGUUAACAGUGUGCAACAAAAAAACAGAAUCUGUAAAACAGUUGACAGAGUCCUUCAAACGGUAUGGUGAGGCUAUUUCCUGAAAAGUAUCUUUAUAAACCAGCAAAGAAAAUUAUACUUAUUAUCCUCUCCAAAAAGCAAACUUCUUGUGGGAGCUAAGUAGAAAAUUUAUGGAAAAGGGACUACAGUUGAAACUAGAACACUGUAUAUAUGUAUAGAUUGCUUGUCCUGAAUGGUAUCCAUAACAGACCAGGGUACAAAUUCUGCCCUCAGAUGCAUGUGUGCAACUGUCAUUGAAGUGACUGAGAGUUGUACCUUCAUAUCCCAAGGCAGAAUUUUGCUCAUGAUGAACAUAGAAUACAAGUGAUUAGUUGUUUACAAUUUCCCACAUUUCCACUCUGCCUGGCACAGAUAUGUUGGGCACUUUGAAGCUCAUGAGCUUUGGAAGUUCGUGAGUUUCACCAGAAUCAUAUAUAUAUAUAUAUAUAUAUGCAUUUUAUUUUAAAGCAAAGAUGUCCUCUUCCCAAGGCUGGUUAAGAAAGUCUGCUACCAGAGUACAUGAUAGCUUUACUGAAAUUACAAAUAUGGGAAUAAUUUACAUGUAGUCAACCCUAUUGCCAAAGGGAUCAAUUAUAUGGACUGAAUGAGUUCUGUAGUACAUGGCAAAUGGAAUUAUCAUACUUCAGAUAUCUAUGAUUAGACAAGAGAUGUAUUGGAGCAUAAACUUUCGUGGGGUGAGUACCCACUUCGUCAGACGCAUGCCACAGGACUCUCUAUUGCUUUUUACAGAUCCAGACUAACACGGCUACCCCUCUGAUUCUAUGAUUAGACACUAACUCAGAGAAUGUCAUUUAUUGUACUGUAGCUCUUCAAGCAUAUGUCUGGCUGACAUUCCUUUGUCUGACAUGACAAUAAUUAGAGAAGUAUAUAGUGCCACUAGGCAUCAGAACUUAAAAACAAAACCAUAUGUGAUGUUUCUGUAACUUUUGUUUUAGUAAGAAUUUAAAUGUUGCAGGUUUUCCUUAUUGUUAACAAUGGUCUUGAAGUCCUGCAGUCCUCGCUUGGUCAAAUAGUCCAACUGGGUGAAAUUCACCCCUUUGCAGAGGGAAAACACAAGCUCUGUGCAGCACUUAAGGCUCUAUUUGAAAGGUUCCAUUUUAAGUGGUACAUAGGCCAUGUUCUGUAUCCCAGUGGGAGUUUUUGACUAAGGAAUAUAGAGGCAAAAUGCAUUUUUGUACCACAUGACAGAUGUUUUUUGGAGGAUGAAGGGGGAACAGAUAAAAUUUUACUUUUGCAUUUCCUUACAUUUGCAAAAAAGUUAUAAAAAAUAACAGGCAGAGACUACAUUAACAAAAGUUCUAAGAUGCAGAGCCUAAGGAUUAGGGUUAAUGUUUAAUAACUAUGCACUUUGUAACUUGCAACUUGUACAUUGUGUGGUACACUUUCCAAACAGAACUAGAAAUUGUAAAUUAAUUUAUAAUUCUGUAAUUCAGCUGAAAGUAUUAUAACGGGUAUAUAUGUUAUUGUAUCUGUAACUUUUUUUUAACUUGGUAAUAAUAAGCUGAUAUUUUGGAAUAUUUUGUUUUCUGUAGAUAUAAGUAAUAGGAAACUUUGCUACUAUCAAACAGGGGUGCAGAUUUUUUUUCAAAACACAGUAAUGGUGCUACGGAUAAUUAUAUCUGUCAUAAUCACACUGUAAUUUACAACAGCAGGAAAUAAUCUGGAUAUAAGCUAUUUCAUAAGAGCAGCUUCUGAGAAAACCAGCAGCAAGCAUUUAGUUUAACAUAUUUCAUUUAACAAAGAAGGUUACAGCUAACUGGACAUUUGACUAACCAAAUGCAGUUUACCUUUCAAUUUUUUAUAAAUGUGCAUUAUCUAUAUGAGUUCCUGCAAUUUCCCUUGGAUUGAAUAAUGACAAUGCCAGCAAACAUCUACCUUGAUAGCCCAUGUUAGUGCUGCUUGAUUGAUUACCUGACACAAAAUGCUGUUGGAAUAAAAGUACCAGGAAUAUGCUGAAGACCAAAGGUGUCAUAUAAUAUUCCCUCACCAUUACAGGGCUAUGCUGAAAAAAAAGAAACCCCCCAAAACCCCAAAUAUCAUGGGACUAUUCCACCCAUUUCACAGGUUUACAAAUCUGCACUCUUUUUCCUACAGAGCAGAAUAGCAGUGUGCUUUUAUAACAGUAGACUGGCCAUUGGAAAAAUAUUCCUUUUGGAUACAAUAUUUUUUGUUCUUCUUUAAAUAUAAAACAUAUUUAUGAAACUAUACAAGGAAUAAAAUAGGGAUGAAGAAUAACUGUGAUUUAAAAUAAGAGACACUUAUAAGAGUUAUAGGAGUAAAAAGCUAAAAGGAUGCAGCAAUGCCAUUAAGAACCCAGUGCAGCCUUUCAUGUUAUAAUAAUUGCCUGUGAUAUUUUUGCCUCACUGUUAUGUUAUUUACUGAGCAAAUAGCUAGUAAAGGCUGUCUUUUUGGUGCUAAACUGUAUAUUCUGGUGCUGGAGACAUUUUUGCAGAAGACGAGUUUUAUUUCUGAUGUUACAAUACAUACUCUAGUGCUUGUAAGCCAUGGGAAUUUUGCAACUGAUUUCAAUAGGUCCAGAAUCAGGAAUUGCUGUCUUUUCUUUAGCGUAGGAAUAAGACCCUAGCUGUGGUAUUCAUCAGUUUUGCUGUGGAGCCAGGGCCAGCUCCAGGCACCAGCUAAGGAAGCAGGUGUUUGGGGAGGCACGUUUGGGUCUUCGGCGGGAAUUUGGCAGGGGUCUCCUCAGUCCCUCUCUUCCUCUUUGAGCUGCCACCGAAGUGCUGCCAAAGAGGAAGAGAGGGAGUGAAGGACCCACCGCCGAACUGCCGCCGAAGAAUGAAGGAGCACGAUUGAGUUGCCGUCAAAGUGCCGCCGAUCAGCUUUUUUUUUUCUCCCCAUUGCUUGGGGUGGCAGAAAACCUGGAGCCGGCCUGUGUGGAGCUUACUUUCUUCCAGAUUCCUGUGCUUAACUCCCAGUGUUGCUAAAGAGAGUUAUGUAUAUAUGAAGUCUAAUUUUACUCUCAGUUACAUCCAUGCAACUCCAUUGAAAUCUAGUUGUCUUCUUUAUCUUCUCUUACCUACCUAAGUGUCUGAUUCUGGACCUAUUGAAAUCAGUGGCAAAAUUCCCAUUGACAUCAAUUGAGGCCUAAUUCCUUUCUGUUGGAAUUCAGUGGGGAAUGAACUGAUCCCUAGGAAGUAGGAUGUAUGGCUUCACAGAGCCAUUAGAGCAAAGUGAAUCUUUCUGAAGUAGGUUAUUCCCUUAGGAGGAGAUUUGGGAUCAUUAAAAUGUGUUCAUAGGCUAUUUGAAAUCAUUACUGACAGGGGCCUUAUACACAUAGUAAUAAGAUAUUUUGUAAAGCCUUGAGUCUUGUGAGUAAAGUUUCCCUCAGUUACUGUUGAUUUCAUUUACUAAAGUGGAAUGAUCUCAGCCGACCUGAAGGCCACUCACAAAUGACUUGCCAUUUUUAUUGGUGGUUUUCUGUAACUGUGAAGUAUAUAAAUUCCUGCAUCCUGGCUUUUGACUAUGCACUGGUUCUGAUAACCAGAAAGUAUGUGAACCCAUACAUUGGGUUUCAGAGCUUCUCUCAGAAUUCACUAUUGCUAUGCAUACAAUGAACAUGAUCCCCUCAAGUUCUCAUUUCUUCUAGAAGAAAAAGAAUGCUUCUGAUUAAUUUAUGACAUUUUAGUUUAUUAUUAAGCAUAAGUCCCAGGCCUUCUUUCUGCUCAAUUUUUGGUUAGUGAGUUUGGCCCAGGAUACGGUUUUUGUCUGGCAAACAGAAAGUAUUUCCUAGUUAUAUUGUUAUGGAUUGCAAUAUUUGAUUCAAACUGAUUAAUGGAAUGGGCUUAAACUCCUGGUUUAGGAGCCACCCACUGUAAACAGCAUUAUUGUACAGAGCUCUCUUUUGAGAAGCACUACAGAGACAACAGGAAUAAAACAUUUUGAAUUCAAAAUUAUUUUCUUGUGUUCUGGAAAAUGACAAAAUCAAGGUGGAAAACGGGUUUCCCCAUGUUUAACUCAUAAUGAUGUAGUGCACCCUUCUAUGCUGUUCAUCCUACAAACUCACUAGAUCUUCAGCACAUGUUCACACAAGGCAGAAACUAUUUAGAUACAAAGUUAGAGGUAAUACCCUCCUCACAGGGAGUUAGUGGCAAUAUGGGAUUGCUCUGAAGAAGUAAAUCUCUUUGUUUCAUGCAGGAUCUUAUUGUUUCAUUGAAGAAGUGCUUGUGUGCUGGGAUUCAUUAAAUAAGUGAACUGAUUUCAGAUACUGUAUAAUUACUAAAUGCUUGUCUAUUUGCUUUUCUCUUCAUUUUCUUCCAUACCAUACCAUACCAUACCAUACCAUACCAUACCAUACCAUACCAUAACAAAAUAGAAGGUUUUGGCAUUCAUACAUACAACAGAAGAUUUGGCUCUUGCUAUUAAAAAUCAACCCCAGAAUCUUUUACGUAUUUAUGCAAUGGAAUUUCUUGUUUCUCACACAUUUUUAGGUUUCUUUCUUUCUUCCUUCAAAAUGUUUGUCAUAGAAGAAACUUCAUUUGACACAGGGUUGCAGUGAAUUAUUGAACAUAUUGUUUCCAUAUUAUAUGAUGAAAUACGUAUGUUACAACUGAGAUAUCAAUUAGUAUUCCUGUUUCAAUUCUUGAUGUUAUGAAAACAAAGAAAUAUAGAUUAUUUUGAACUAAUGUGUAAUGUCUAUGCAUUUAA